AUGAAAGAAAACAAAUUCAAUACUCAACCAGUUUUCAGAAUCAAUGAAGCAGUCGUUGCGAAUUACGAACAAAAUGGGAGUAGCUCAAUCGAGACAUGUUCAUGGGUAGAAGCGAGAGGUCUUCGAAAGAAGGGUGCUUUUGAUUUCAAUAAUCACUCUGCUCGUUGUAGUUUUGUAUAUUCUCAUGACUCGCGUAUCUCGAAUUACCAAGAGAGUGUUGUGGGUUCCGACAAAGCUUGUGCAAUUUAUUACAAAUGUGGUCCAUAUAUUUAUUUUGAGUCUUUGUUGUUACACAUUUGUUACAUUUUUAGUUUUACUGGGAACAUGGGUGCCGUACAAUCCGAAGAGCUGAAUAUGAAUGAAGCUGUUGAACAUGUUGAAGAGCUUGUGAAGAAAAAGGCUAGUUCUCUCUCAAAUGAAGAAAAGAGGGAAUUGCAAGAGUUUUCUGAGUUAUAUAAUUCACGACUUGAACAAAUGGAGAAAAACGUAAGUACAGCAAAAGAGGUUGUUGGAAGAACGAACGGUCCGACAUUCAAUGAUUUUGCGAAAGCAACAGCAGGCUUAAAACGUCUCAUUCGUGUUUGCAGGGAAAGACUAGAAACAAACGAAGAAAAGAAAGUAAUUUUUCAUCAAAAGGCAAUUGAGGCAAGAAAGCAGGGAAGGACUGAGGAAUGCAAAAGCUACCUUCUCAUGGAAAAAUCCCUUAAAGAAUCAACAAGUAAGUUGACUAAGUCAAUUCAGUCCGUAUAUGACCGCAUUCAUGAUGUCACAGAAGCUGAUAUGUGCAAUUCUUUCUUUGCGACCAUGGAGAAAGUCUCUGAAGCGCUUACAGUAAUUACCGAUAAAAUCUCUUCCAUGAAUCCUGAAGAGCUUCGUGAUCGUAUCGAUGCUCUGGAUGCAUAUCUUGGAGAAAUCGAUGCAGCCAUUGAGCCAGACGAACCUGACGAUUUGGACGAAUAUUUGAAGGAAGUCGACGAUCUCAUCGCAGAGGAGGACAAGGAGGGAGCAGCUGCUCUUCCUUCAGUCCCCACAACCGAAGUGAAAUCUGUUUCAGAAGUGAAAGACAAGAAAAGAGUAGCCGAAUUGGAAUAG